GAUUUGAUUUACGCAAAAGGUGGUUUUUUUAAGUGGGCGGCGUGCGGCGUUAGCCGCGUCUUUUCGCAAAGGAUGGUGGGACUCGUAGUUUUUGUGUCUGCGCGGGGGGAGCGUAUGUGCGCCUUUUCCCCGUCAGGGCCCCGCGCGUAGGCCUAGCUAUCCGAGCCUGAGCGCGUCCCGGGCUUUCCUACACUGACACUCUCAGGGGAGGUAUCGGGUCCUCCGGGAAGGGGAUUUUCCAAGACCGAAGGAGAGGAAAAAAAAGGAAAGGCGGCUACUGCCGCUGUGGUGGUGGUACGAGGGCCUCGCAGCGUGUUUUUCGUGGCGGAGGCCAAGGCGGGCUGCCUCUUGAAAUAUUACAGCCAUGACUAAGAGAGAAGCAGAAGAACUGAUAGAAAUAGAAAUUGAUGGAACUGAGAAACAAGAGUGUACAGAAGAAAGCAUUGUUGAGCAAACCUACACUACUGCAGAAUUUGUGAGUCAGGCAAUUGACAUCAAUGAACCAGUUGGAAAUCUUAAGAAACUGCUGGAACCAAGACUUCAGUGUUCCUUGGAGGCUCAUGAAAUCUGCCUACAGGAUAUACAGUUGGAUCCAGAUCGCAGUUUGUUUGAUCAGGGUGUCAAGACAGAUGGAACGGUUCAACUUAGUGUCCAAGUAAUAUCUAGGCAAGGAAUCGAACCCAAGUUAAAUAUCCUUGAAAUUGUAAAGCCAGUAGAAACUGUGGAGGUUGUGAUUGACCCAGAUGCCCAUCAUACUGAAACUGAAGCACACCUUGUUGAAGAAACUCAAGUGAUAACACUGGAUGGAACAAAGCACAUUACCACCAUAUCUGAUGAAACAUCUGAACAAGUAACUCGGUGGGCUGCAGCAUUAGAAGGCUACCGGAAAGAACAGGAACGCUUAGGAAUUCCCUACGAUCCAGUACAGUGGUCAACUGACCAGGUCCUACACUGGGUAGUAUGGGUAAUAAAGGAGUUUAGCAUGACAGAUAUCGACCUGAAUACUCUUAGCAUUCCUGGGAGAGAGUUGUGUAGUCUCAGUCAAGAAGACUUCUUCCAGAGGGUUCCUCGGGGAGAAAUUCUUUGGAGCCACCUGGAGCUUCUCAGAAAAUAUGUUUUGGCAAGCCAAGAACACUCUGGAGAAAUUGCAACAGUUACGAUCGACCAACCUGUGCAGAUUAUUCCAGCAUCUGUACAGCCUUCUACCCCAACCACUAUUAAAGUCAUAAACAGUAGUGCAAAGGCAGCUAAAGUACAGAGAGCACCAAGGAUUUCAGGAGAAGACAGAAGUUCACCUGGGAAUAGAACAGGAAACAAUGGUCAGAUCCAGUUAUGGCAGUUUUUGCUUGAGCUUCUGACAGACAAAGAUGCUCGGGACUGCAUUUCAUGGGUUGGAGAUGAAGGAGAGUUCAAACUAAACCAACCAGAACUUGUGGCACAGAAAUGGGGACAACGUAAAAAUAAGCCCACUAUGAACUAUGAGAAACUCAGUCGUGCUUUACGGUAUUACUAUGAUGGGGACAUGAUCUGCAAAGUACAAGGCAAGAGGUUUGUGUACAAGUUUGUUUGUGACUUGAAGACUCUUAUUGGGUAUAGUGCGGCAGAGUUAAAUCGGUUGGUCACAGAGUGUGAACAGAAAAAACUGGCAAAGAUGCAGCUCCACGGCAUUGCACAGCCAGUGACAGCAGUUGCACUGGCCACAGCAUCCCUGCAAACCGAAAAGGAGAACUGAGCACCAGACCUGGAAAGCUUGGAAGCAUGAGGCCUUUCUUGUAUAAUGAGCAGUUUCUGGUCUUAAAAUGGGAGCUACUUCUACUCCUUGGCAAUUACUUAUGAUGCAUGGUUUUUCUAUGAAGAACUGAGACUCCUAUAAAUUUUGAUCUUUUUCACUUAAAAGGCAUAUAUUUCAUGUAUGUUUAGGGCACUUCACAGUUUCUUCAACAUGAAGACAGACAUUUUGGUUGCAAGUAAUCUGGGAUUGGUAAGAAAACUGAAAAUUGGUUUGUGUCAUGUCACACACUGCUGAUAAUUUCCAAGCAUUUUAAGAAAGUGAAGCAUCUAUACAACAUAGACCAGUUAAUAUAAGGAAUUUAAUUUUCUGCAUUUCUUUGUUUUCAGAUAGCCAAAUGGAAUGUAGUAUUUCCAUAUGUAGGGCAUGCUUCUGUUAACCAUGCUAGUCAUUGCCUAAGCAUGCCAAGUUGUAAAAAAAUAAAAUAAAAUGUACUAUACUGCUUAGGCAGUUUCUCUGUUCAUUAGCAAAAGAAGUGAAAUUAAGGCAGUGCUGAAGAUCACUGCUGAGAAAGAGAUCUUACUUUUAAGUCCCACAAGGUAAAAAAAAAACACAAUUAUGAGCAUUUUGAUACAACAUGUUGAUAACAUGCACAUUUGAGGGGAAAGUGCUUAACUAUAUUGAGAGACAUUGCUAAGCAUAAUGUCUGGCACAAAAAAGGGUUUUCCACAUUUUUCCUGUUGGGCAAUUAAAAACUUGAAAUACUGUCUCUCAUCCAAAGAAUAGGUUUGGUUUUUGUUUUAAUCUACCCUGUAGAAUAUAUUAGCUGAUGCUGUUUAUACUUGCAGUGUAGUAGACUUUAAACUGAAGACUUAAGUUAAUCACAGAUAGAGACCCCUUUCUGUUGAGAAAAAAAAUGCAAACUGCAGCUAAAGUAAUAAACGAAGUAUGACUUCGCAAGCUUAAAUAGUCUUAUGUAUUAAAAUGCAGAAAAGUGCAGUUGUUUUCUUUUAAUUACUUUGUUUUCAAACUUGUUUUCUGGGUUUUUUGAAAAUAAAAUAGUGGGUGUUCAGAGAAAAUGAAACAGUUCAGUAAUGAGAUACAUUUUAAAACAUAAUACCUAGCAAAUCUGGAGAUACUAAUAAUAGUGCUUUGUUAGAUUGCUUUUUCUCUGUCAAAAUCUUUUAAAUUCCACAUAAAGCCUAAAAGGCAUCCUUUGGGCUUCUUAUCUUCCCUUUCAUUUUUGUGAUAUAAAUAUUAUGUUCUAAAUGUAGGCUUUUCACUGAAUCAUCAUAAUGAAAAGAACAAACCUGUUGGGAUGAAUUGAGGCUUCUCUUAACAAUUAAUAAAAAUGUGGAAGUUAAACAGAAGAGCCUUUGUCCUUAUGAGUGCUCUAAAGUCCAAAAGAGUAAUAAGCACUAAAUAUAAAACAUGGCUUAGGGUAUAUCAGGCAACAAUUAACAGUAAAGAAUCUAAGGCUUCUGCCAGUUUCCAAGGUGCACCUAUAGUUGUUUAUCUUCAGAAUAUUAAGAAAUAUUAAAUACCAUAUAGGCAAUAUUAGAUUUUACAUUAUGAAUGAGAAUCCUGAGCCCACUAAUACAGUUAAGUCCCUUGACUCUGGUAGGUAAAACUUUCUAUAUUGAAUAGAAUUCAGGCUUCCAGGUUAAUCUUCACUAGUUCUCUGUGCUAUCCCUAAAACUGUAAGAAUUUUUUUUGUUCAAGCUUGAAGGAUAAUAAUGACAAGACAUAAGCCUGCUUUAAUUGUAUAGCAAGAGUUGUAACUCUUCAAUGCAUAGCAAGGGUAUUGGCAUAAAGCAAAGGAGUUAACUGUGUGCCUGAAAAUAUGAACUCCAGAAUUGUUUAUGCAACACUAUGGAAAAUGAGUAGGUUCAUUGAAAAGAGGCAUAACUUAUAUUACUGGUUCAGCUCUUUAAAAUGUAUUUGAAGUGUUCCGAACAUUGACUAUUUUUAUUUGUAAAAGAGGUGGCCUGUUAAUAUUGAGGCAGGUUAGACUGGCCACAAAUACUUGUAUUAAGUGCUACACUAGAGAUGCACUCAGCUAUGCACAUAAUAUAGAUAAGCCAUAUUAGGAAACAUGGCAUAUGGCCUUUCUUUUAUAUACAUUGGAUUUGUUUUUUAAACUUUAGAUUUUCAUGAUUUCCUUUAUAAGUUGGCUGCACUUCUUGCAAUGUUUUUUUUCCCAUUUAUAGAGUCCUAAUGUGCUUUCAGAACAGUGUAUACUUGUCAGGUUUCUUGUGGGGACAAUCUGUGACUAAUUUGAGAUCUUCAGUAGGAGGUAUGGAUUAUUGUAUAUUGGUGGCAUUGUGUGACUGUCAGAAGAAAAAUAUAGACAAUAUAUUCCCAAUUUUUUUGUAAGAUGGAGGGGUUUUGCAUACAUUUGUACUCUUUAUGGACACAUACUCUGCUAAUUAUGUAUUUCUUUUGUGUUGAAUUUUUUGGUAAUUUUACACGAAACAAUUAUUUUCUAUUUUUACUCUAAAAUAUUUGUGCAUAAAAUUGUCAAUAUAGUAAAGUAAGAAAAUAAAUUUUACAUAGCAGAAAGUCUGGACUUUGAUAUUUUGAA